UCUGUCGCAGCCGCUGCCGUGGCUCAGAGCUGCAUGGACGACACUGCUGCAGGUCCUGUUUCUUGGUGUCUGGUCGGUGCCAUCAUUUCCCUCCCCCUCCUUUGCCCUCCCCAAGCUGACAGCUUCCCCUCCCCCUCCUCCUCCCCACAGAGGGGGCAGGGGGCUGGGCACCACUCUAUAAUGCCAUGUGUAAUAUCCACGCAAGGCAGUGGGGACUGUGGCAGCAGCCUGAGAAGGCAGUGGUAGCCGGUGGUGGCAGGAGAUCAGUGUUGACCGCUGACCAUUUGCUCAGCUGCUCUCCUAGCUCAGACCUUCGGUCCCUCCCUCCUUUCGGGGCUGGCACUGCCGUCCCCCACCCCGCCUCCUCGGGCCCUCCCAGCCUCUCCACGUAAGUCCCCCCCCCACCUGCCGCGGCUCUCCCUCCCCUCCCCCAGCUGCAUCCUCCUCCUCCUGUCCCUUCUCUCUCUCAGUCCUCUCACCAAGUCCUCCCCUGGUCGCCUCUUCCCAUCCUUCCCACUGGCUUUCUCCUCCCCAGCUCCCAUCCUUUCUUUUCUGACUCUGCCUGGCUGGUCCUCUUUCCCGUGUUCCCAGUCUCAUCGAAGUCGCUGCCUCCCUUCCCCUGGUCUGGCUCCCUUGUCCCAUCCUGUCCCCGCCCUGUCCCCUUUGUGCCCCUUCCUCCUCCUUUCUCUCUCCUUGCCUGGCUUGGUGUCCCUUCCCCACCUCUAACUCCUUCAGCUCGCUGGUUUCCCUGCCCCGUUUGAGCCACCAUGCUCACCCCAAUGGUGGCUGGGGGGGUUGUGUUCCCCGGACUCUUCCUCCUAUCCAAGAAGACGCUCCAGAGGCUGCCCCAGCUGCGCUGGGAGGAGGCUGACGCGGUCACUGUCUCCGCCAGGCUGGUGUCCUCCGUCCAGGCCAUCAUGGCCUCCACAGCUGGCUACAUCGUGUCCACCUCUUGCAAGCACAUCAUUGAUGACCAGCACUGGCUCUCUUCUGCCUACACACAAUUCGCAGUGCCCUAUUUCAUCUAUGAUAUCUACGCCAUGUUCCUCUGCCACUGGCACAAGCACCAGGUCAAAGGACACGGAGGAGAAGAUGGGACACCCAGAGCCCUGGGCAGCACCUGGGCGGUGGUGCGUGGCUACCUGCACAAAGAGUUCCUCAUGGUACUCCACCACGCCGUCAUGGUGCUCGUGUGCUUCCCGCUGUCCGUGGUGUGGCGACAGGGCAAAGGAGAUUUCUUUUUAGGUUGCAUGUUGAUGGCUGAGGUCAGCACCCCCUUUGUCUGCCUGGGCAAGAUCCUCAUCCAGUACAAGCAACAGCACACACUGCUGCACAAGGUGAACGGGGCCCUGAUGCUGCUCAGCUUCCUGUGCUGCCGGGUGCUGCUCUUCCCCUACCUGUACUGGGCCUACGGGCGCCACGCCGGCCUGUCGCUGCUUGCCGUGCCCCUGGCCAUCCCAGCGCACGUCAACCUGGGCGCCGCGCUGCUCCUCGCGCCCCAGCUCUACUGGUUCUUCCUCAUCUGCCGCGGGGCCUGCCGCCUCUUCCGGCCCCGAAGCUCCCCUCCACCCUCUCCCUGUCAGACCCAGGACUGAGGGUGGGGGCCUGGGGACCCCCCCCACCCGUACCCCAGUGGGGACAGGGCUCUAGGGCCAAUGGGUGGGGGGUUAAGAGCCAGGGACCCCUUGCCUUGACAGCCCCAAGACCCACAGAUGGACCCAGAAUGGGGAGGGACCAUCUACCCUCCAGCGCUGAGGACAGGUGACCGGAAGGCAGGGCGAGAGAACCGCGUCUCCCCCCAAAGUGGCCGAGCCCGGUGGGGGGGGUGACCCUCUUCCCACAUAGCCCCAUGCUGGCGAGGUAGAGGAAAGAAGGCGACCAUAGAACCAGACGUCAAAGGUCACGGGGUGGCCCCGUUACUAAGGACAUCCCAGCCCCUCUGCUGCAAAGCUCUCUCUGCUCCCCAUCACCUGGAGGGAGGAGACACCUUAAUCCACCCCAUGGGCCUUGUGAGGGGUUGGUGCCCUCCGCAUAGCUCCUUCUUGAGGAGGAAGUCCGAGGAAUCUUAAUUAUGUACUUAUUUAUUCUCAUAUCAAACUGAUUUGUUGGGAGGGGCUGGUGACUGCUAGCCCUCCCCCAGGCUUCCCAAUGCUGAGCAACUCCGGGGGCAGGUGAGGGCCCCAGCCCCUCCCCUUAGGCUGCACAUCUUGCCCUCAGGCUCUGGCUUGUCCCUGGUGCUACAGCCCUCUCAAGGCUUCCUCCAGUCGUGGGUCCGGGACCCUGGGAGGUGCUUUACAGACCGCUAAUAAAGACGAUCUGCGUGAACGCCA